CACACGGUCCCCUCACUGUGUAACACUGAGACUGUCUGUAUGUCUGUUCGCAUGUCAUUCAUCAUCACAUCUCAGCACUGGUUUUGCUGUCGACGGAGUGAGAUCUAUAGUCAUCUAUUGCUGUCAGGAAGAGUCUCUGCAUGGGAUAACGUCCACAUGCUACUGUCAUGCUGGAAGCAGAUCGCUCUUGUGGACUUGCAAGAUCGGAGGAAUGAUAAAUGAAUGGAAAAAUAACCAGCGACGUGGAUAAUCGACAAAAGCUGAGUAUUAACCCGUCAGCAGUUCUCUUGAAUAAUCUGUCAAUAUCAAGCGUUCAAGACGGACGGCGCUCAGAAGCACAGAGGGAGAAACCGCGCGAACAUGAGGGAACGGGACUUUAUGCCAAACAUGGAACGGGGCAAACCGGCCACAUACACGGGCGACAAAAAAGCUAAAAUGGCUGCUAAAACCAAUAAAAAGUGGGUGAGACUGGCUACUGUAUUCGCAUAUGUCUUGUCGGUGUCUUUGGCUGCUAUUAUACUGGCAAUUUAUUACAGUUUGGUCUGGAAACCGACGUCUUCAUCUGUGUCUGGACGGCCAGAUGUAUUGGUGACGGCUGCAACUAUUCCCAUAAACACGAAUAACAUCACAACAAGUGACUUACCAACCACAGUCAAAAUGAAUAAUACACCAGCGGUCAGCCUGAGAUCAACACAGACCCCCACAUAUGCCCACUCCACUUCUUCACAGAGACACGGGGGUGAUACCAAUGGCAAUGGAGGCCUUCUCAAUAUCCCCACAACAAAGAAUACUGACCAAACAGGAACAAUUGACUCUUUGCACAUUCACGACCAACUAGGACGUUUCAGUACAGCAGAAAUUAGCCACGUGUCAGAAACUGUCUACGCCAGUUCUGGGGAUGGUGCCACUGAGAACUGGCCAAACAUGGGGGAUUCAGCCUCUUCUAUAACUGACCAAGAAUCUUGGACGAGCUACAGUGCAAGACCUGACGUCUCCUCUUUGACAGAACAUGGUCUGGAAUUAACAGAGGGCUCGUCUCCAUUGCAAGAGGAGUUAGUUACCAAGGACACAGAGAAUGCAGCAAGUGGAGUGUGACACUAGAUUAUUUGUGUGGCACGUAAUUAUAUGAUGUUGAGAAAUAACUACUGCAAAUGUGAGAGAAGUCAUCAAACAGUUUGUUAAUUUUGUUGCUAUUUCAAGGACAGAAACUGUGUUGACCUACCUGCUUUGAAAAACUAAUUUAAAGGUUGAUGUUACAUUAAAGAGUGCAAUAGCUGGGUUCUGAAAGUAAAACUCCCAUUCAUUUUCAUAUAUAUAUGCUUUAAAUCAAGUGUAAUUCACUUAAUAGCUGGUUAGUUUAGUUCAUGGAUUAAAACGAAUGAUGAAUGAAUGGGAGAAUUACUUCCAGAACCAAGGCUGCUGAAAAAGUGCAGGCACUGUGACAAUCUAUAAUUCAGUUGUGGAUAAUCACAGUCACGCUCAUAUUCAGAAUAACAAAACAAUUAUGAGAUAUAGCUUUUAUACUCAUGCAUUUAAUAUCUAUUACAUUUAAGACAAAAAAUGGACAGUUAGUCUGUAUAUAUAUCGUUCCGAUUAAAAUAGUUCCGAAAGAAGUCAAAGCAUUAAAGCUUUGUAUUUUUAAUCAAACAGGAAAGAGAUUACUCUACUCUACAUUCACUCCAGUUUUUCCAAACAUAGACAAGCAGUGUGAUACAAGACGUUAAACAUAACAGUGCGGUUAGACUAAAUAUGAUGUCCUGGAACUCUUGGCAAAUCAAGGACAAGAACUAACUGUUAUCGUUUUGCAAAUGAAGAAAAGGACUGUGGUUAAGCGAUACAACGUCCUUUGGAGCAACAGGAAAAUGAGCCAUUCACAUCUCCAACGAUGGGCAAACAUCCUCCAGUAGCGUUUGUUUCAUUGUGCAGUAAUUGUGAGCAAGUGAAACACUGUUUAAAGCUACUUAAAUAAACUUUGCCUAUAGAGUUCAGGAAUGCAAUAUCUGUCUGAAUGCAGAAUAGAUGACAAGUAGAAGAAAUACACUGUGCAAACUCACCCAUGUUGACAUUUUAAAGUGUCUUUUAAAAAUCACUGUGUGUUGAGAAAUCUAUAUAAUAACUGAAAUAUGAUGUAUGAAAUAAACUAAUAUUUUUCA